AUGAAUUUAAGUACUACGACUCGCAAACAAGACCAAGGUGAUGUUCAAGACCCUUUUGUUUCAUCAACGUCCAAUAUAAAACCAAGAAUAAGGCACAUAAGACCCGAUUACAUUGGACUGUAUUAUCCUAUCCCAAGAAGUAAUCACACUAUGGUUAAUUUUACAGCAGAUCACAACAUGGUUAAAAAUAAGGCAGUAGGACUAUCUACAUCAAGAGCCUUAACUCUAGUUGCUAUUAUAUUUGUGAUGUCACUAACAGCUUUGGGACUAUUAUACUCACAAUUCCCUGAAUUAGAAGUAGAAGAGAAGCAACAUAUGAAGCUACCUAUGGACCUUGAAGAUGCUAAACAAUUAGGUCUUGUUUUAGAUCGAUAUAAGGAAAAGUACUUUUAUGAAGUAUUAAUGGGUGUGUUCAUGGUGUACAUAUUUUUACAAACUUUUGCAAUACCUGGGUCAAUAUUCCUGAGUAUUUUGUCUGGAUUUCUAUUUCCAUUUUACCUAGCACUUGUGCUUGUUUGCUGUUGUUCAGCUAUUGGUGCAAGUUUGUGUUUCUUCUUAUCAAAUCUCUUAGGAAAAAGAUUAGUUAGGAAAUUCUUCCCAGAAAGGGCAGAACAAUGGUCAAAGGCUGUGACAAAACACAAAAACAACUUGCUUAAUUACAUAAUAUUUUUAAGAGUGACCCCAUUUUUACCAAAUUGGUUCAUCAAUAUGUCUGCUCCGGUUAUUGGGGUUCCUCUUGUGCCAUUUGCUUUAGGGACAUUUAUUGGAGUGGCGCCACCAUCGUUUGUGGCUAUCCAAGCUGGUCAGACACUUCACACCCUCACUUCAACUAGUGAUGCCUGGUCCUGGACUUCGGUCACUAUUCUGACCAUAUUUGCUCUAAUUUCACUAGUCCCUGUUUUACUUAAACAGAAACUAAAAGAAAAGUUUGAAUAA